AUGGCGGCCUCCUUCGGCGUGUGCAGGUUACAUAUGAGGGGAAGGGGCAGCCUGGUAAAGUGCUUUCAGAAAAUUGAUUUGUGUCUUCACAGAAAUGUUGGGACAGACGUUGUUGCGGCGCAGUCUGAAAUAUCCAGGAAAGAAGAAACCGAAGAAAAGGAGGGGAGCAAGUCGUUCUACACUGUCCAGGAAGAGAGACGAGAACAAGCUGAGAGAUCGGUUCUUAUCAGCUGCCCACACAAAAUCAACGAGAAAAAGUUCCUGAAAUAUUUAUCUGCACACGGGAAUAUUAGCAAAUAUUUCUUUUAUGAAAGCUAUGGUACAUAUGCAGUGGUGGAGUUUGCCAACCAGGGAAGUAUUGCCUCAAUACAUGAAAGGACAUCCAUCCCCAGUGUCAACCAUGAAUGCUUGGUGCCUUUCAAAUCCAGACUGCUGACACUCAGGAGUCUUGGUCCUACCGAUCCACCAAAUAGACAAUCAGGCCUACAAUGCCAACCACAGACCACCAUCUCAAUCAAUGACCUUAUAAAGAGACUGUCCAGAGAAGAAACUAUAAACCAACAAAUAACAUUUUUAACAGAAGCCUACCAAUUAACUGAGGAAAACAUACGUCUGCGCUUCCUGGUGUGCUCUCUGCUCAAGGACAUUGCUGCUUCCUAUUUCCCAGAAUGCACCAUCAGGCCAUUUGGUUCAUCGGUGAACGGCUUUGGAAAGCUGGGCUGUGACCUGGACAUGUUCCUGGAUUUGGAUGGCAUUAGCGGGAGGAACAUGAAGAUGCCAAAGGCAGGUCUUGCCCUGGAGUACCAGAUGAAGCACGUCAACUCGGAGCGUGCCGUCACCCAGAGUAUCCUCUCUGUCAUCGGGAAGUGCGUGGACAGGUUUGGACCUGGCUGUGUGGGGAUGCAGGAGAUCCUUAAUGCCCGCUGUCCCCUGGUGCGCUUUGCCCACCAACCCUCUGGUUUUCAGUGUGAUCUUACAGCCAACAAUAGGGUGGCGAUGAAGAGCUCUGAGCUGCUGUACCUGUAUGGACAGCUGGACCAGCGGGUGCGUUGCCUUGUGUUCAGCGUGCGCUGUUGGGCCAGGACCCAUGGUAUCACCAGCAGCAUCCCCGGAGCCUGGAUCACCAAUUUUUCCCUCACCGUCAUGGUGCUGUUCUUUCUCCAGCGGCGGAGUACCCCCAUAAUACCCACGCUGGACCACCUCCGAGACCUAGCAGGCCCUGUGGACAAGAGCGUGAUUGAGGGGAAGGACUGCACAUUUGUCAGCGACUUCAGCAAGAUUCGGCUACAGAACAACACAGAAACACUAGAGCAUCUGCUACAAGACUUCUUUGAGUUCUACAGCACAUUCGCAUUCAGCAGGGCAUCCAUAGAUAUCAGAAAGGGCAAAGAGCAGAAUAAGCCAGAAGUGACCCCACUGCAUAUCCAGAACCCCUUCGAGCCCACCCUGAACGUGAGCAAGAAUGUCAACGCCACCCAGCUGGAACGCUUUGUGACCAUGUGCCAGGAGAGUUCCUGGCUGCUCCAGCAGACUGAAAACAGCAGACCCAGGGGUGGCAAUACUGCAGCGCCGUGGGGCCUGGCCACAAUCCUUCUGCCCUCACAGGCUGCGGUGCUCAAAAGCCGCAAAAACAGGAAGAGGGUGCCGGCUAGUGAGAGAAUCAAGAGCCUGCUGGACUCUCUGAAGACUAAAAAUCAACAACCGCAGGGCUAGUCUAUCAGACAUCAGAACAUCCCCUUCCCCCCCUCUCCUCACUGCUCACCGUGCGUUGAUGAAGACCCCUCGGGAUGGUUGUGCGAUGCAGUCCUCUAGGAUGUGAGGAGAGAGAGCGGGAAGCAAAGAAAAACAUGAGGUUCUGCUGUGAACACAGUGACAUGGCUCCUGAAACUCGAGCUUUGUUUGAGACUGCAGUUACAAACAUGAGCAUCAGGGGGUGUUGCUGACACCUGGUAUGUGUAUAAGUAUAUUGGGUCCAGCCAGGUGUAGGUGAAGAAGGAUGGCUGACCUUAAAGGGAAAACUAUAGAAACUAAAUCAAAUCCUAACGUCCUAACUCACUUAGGAGCAACGGCCACUCUUCAUUGUAUGUGUAUAUAAACAAGUUUGUGCAAAAAGAAAUGAUCCUAUAACAACUAACAACGCCACCUGUUUUUUUUUUGUAGCCACACUUAACGUGAGAUGUAUAUUGAUUUCAUUGAACGUGUGCCACAGAAUAUAUUUCAUCAUUGAACUUUUAUCGCUAGUGAAAAUGUCUCGGGGACCGAGCUAGCUUUUUACUGAAUGAUCAGAACAGUUUAUAGGAAACUGAUGCAAGGUUUGUUCAAGUCUCAUGUCACAUCUGGAUUAAAGUUUUCAGCUG